CGAGGACAAGGCGUCCUUACUUGCAGUCAUUGCUUGAUGUAUCUGGCGAACGCACAAAACAUCCACAAUGGCAAUGACGAGCUUCAAACUAACGCGGCACCGGACCACCAAAAGUCAACAAACGCCAAACGCUCUCCAGUUUGAGACUUCCACAACCAAGGCACCGUCGGUGACAAAGGGAAAGGCAAGAAAAGAGUAUAAAAAGACACUGCUCAAGGUUAAUCGCGCAAUGCGACAAAAGGACUACCGAAAAGCCGCCGACUCGUACUUGGAAGCAUUCCGGAAUACUCCUCGCGAAUGGUCCAGGAACAGUCCUCGCUUCCACUAUCUCAGGGGCUAUGUUAGGUCUCUGCAAGUCAUCAAAAAAGACGCCCUUACUGUCAAGAUUGUGAGCAACAAAAAAGACAUUGCAACGCUGGUAGAGAUUGCGGCUAGCGAGAAGGAGUUUGCUCUGUUUCGGAUGGUUGCCUUUCGUGGGCUGGGAGUGUUAUAUUCGUACAAGGGAGAUCGGCAGUUAGCGUCCGAUUAUUACCGAGAUGCGUUGGGUCUGAAGGCUUCUGCGAGAGAAAAGGACUUGGUAGUGAUUGUUGAUUGGAAGAUGAAGCGAAAGAUGCGAUACGAGAUGAUUGAUCAGCGCCGAAGAACAAAAAACGCCAUGAGUCUGCUCGAGGUGACGCAAAUUCCAGGCCUCGAUAGCAAACCGACGAACUGCUUUGUCUACACGGUCGAGUACAUGAACAACGAGGCAUGCAUUUGUCGGAUUCCUCAAGAUCAGCCAGAGCUGGCGCGUCGGCUGGAAGUUGGAGGUGGGGCCUGUGACUGUUGCGGCAAGACACUCAAGGAGCUCAAAGUAUCUAGCUUAAAGUCCUGUCCAAGGUGCAUGUCAAUGUACUACUGCUCUCAUGAAUGUCAAAAACGGGCUUGGAAAGCUGGUCACAAAAAGGCAUGCCGUCCUGGAAAGAUGAUCAAGCCAGGAGACAUUAUGCAGUUGGUCCCUGGUCUCAAACACAUGCCAGAUCUGAAUGGCGAACUUGUGGAGAUUAUGGAGCCGGAUCACGCCAAAGAAGGAUAUUGGAUUGUCAGGCUUCUCGUUGAAGAAGUUGCAGUAGCAACCAACAGUGAGGGUCCUGAGAGCAUCAAGGGCUCAAAGAUGAGACACAUUCGGCCAGCCAUGUAAUCUCAGCUGUGCUUGAUGGGAGAAAGAGCCCACUGUUGCUCUUUGUGUGAAUAUUGAAAGGAAACGAUGUUACUUCAUUAGGACACAUCGAAAGUACUUCCUGUUGAUCUUUGAAAGGCUCACGGCUCACGCUCAUUGUAGGCUAGCUAGAUAAGCAUUACUAAGUACGAAUAUAAUAUACAACAUGCAAUGUACCGUACGGUAGU